GCACAAGUGCUCGCGCCACCAGACAUGGGCUUGAUCCUGUUCGGACUUCGGAGUAGUAAUCACAUAAAAGAAUCGCGGAGAGGCUGGGUGUAAGCGAACCUCGCUCAAGGAAGGCUGGGGACAUUGCCAUUCUGACACUCUUUUGAAAUUAAAGUUCCGAUUUUUAUUUACAACUUCUGAUUGUUCCGCAUGGGAAUCUCUACAUCUUGGCUGCACUUGCCCUGGAUACUGGUGCAUAUAUUGAUCUUUCAGUUCUCAUUAAGAACUACUGCAAUCAGGAAGGAUAUUGGGUUUCAAGUCGUACGUCAAUGCGAAACUACUGUCCAAGGACGAUACCUUCUUUCUGACGACAACGGUUAUGUGUGUAAUGCUCUAUCUGUUGAUUCACAGUCUCGUUGCUGCCCUGAAAUUGGGGAGAAAUUCUCUUGUCAAGGAUGCAAUCUUCUUUCACAAUGUUGCAACUCUUAUGAAUAUUGCGUUUCAUGCUGCUUGAAUCCUGCACGGACAAAUAAGGAAGAUGCAUUGAAGGUGAAGAUUGCGAAGCCAGCCUCUGCAAGGGCUUAUGCAAGUGUUUUUGACUACUGUGCUGGGAGAUGCCGUCAUAGUUCUGAGAGUGUGGUUCAUGAAAAUGCCUAUCUCAGUGACUUCCAUCACUGUUUUCUUCUGCCAUCAAAUUCCUCCGCUGGAAUAAAUAGCAUGCUCCCAGAGGCAAGAUUGAAUGGCAUUAGUGUUGUUGUUGGAAGGCAGGGUGAAUCAUGUGACUCAGUUUGCAAGUUAAGAGGGCAAUCGUGUGUCGCAAAUAAGCUAGUGGUGCUUAACCAAUGUGACAUCAUGCAGAAAUAUAUGACUUGCAAGGGAGCUUGCUUAGCAAGUAUAGGAACAGAUCAACCUGCUGAAGUGGUUCAUGAUGCUCCAAAGCAUUUGAAUCCAGGAUCAUGUUUGUACACUCAAGCACAAUCAACGCUUUCUUGUGAUGGUGCGCAUCAGCAUACAAGGAGACUGUGCCCCUGUGCAUAGUGUAAGCACCUGGGCUGGAGGAGUUCGCAUCCGGUUUCUGCCAUGGGUCUUGUAAACUACAACUACAUUGAUCAAAAACCGCCCAUGCUGUCAGCUAUGAUGAAAUUUUUUUUAUCUUCUCUUCAGCGAUAGUUCUGGGGGCUGUUAUUUUAGGUUUUUAACGGGUGGAAAAGAAAUACAACAGCAGGGUAGAUGGUCAAUGUAUCUAUAAUCUGUUUUGUAAAUCAUUAUCUGGUUGAAGUUGCAUCUGACCCAUUCGUGAACCUUUCAACAUGGCAAAACAUUUUAAAUGGAUGGGAUAUAUAUUAUUUUCAGACC